AUAUUACAUAUUAAAUUUUUUUAUUCCUCUUGUCUCAAGUAAUGCAAAAAGAUUUGUUUCACAUUAUUCAAAUCUCUACAGCAUGAUCUCUGACACUACCGAUCGUUACAAAAUGCAAUUCAAAUGCACUUAUCUAUUUCAAAUGAAGAAUUAUCGUAAUUACGUUACGAUAAACAACAUUACGAUAAACAACGAAAAAUAUCAUAUAAAAUAUUUGACAACCUAAUAUGGACUUUCUCUCAAGUCAAAGAUUAUAACUUACGCGUUAUAACUUACAUGUUAUCAUCGAUAAUCUUUUCUGGCAAAACGGACUUUUCGUGAUUUUCCAACUUUUUUUCCCUCUCUUUCCCUCUACUUCGACAGAAAAAUUUUUUCUCUAUAAAACAAGCGAAAAGCACCAGACGAAGUUUACGACUAGCGUCUCGUCGAAUAUACGCAUUUAUUCAAAAUUAUUAUAUUUUAUGGAGAAAUACAUUGUGUGUAUGCAUAUUUCAUAAUAAUUUUAGCAAAGUUAGUCUCCCUUUUCAACUUAUAUACAAAUUGCAAGGUCGACAUCCUGUGAAAGUCAAUGACCGUCUGUUAUCGUAACAGUUGGAGGAACUUUCUUCUUGUACAAAUCUAAAAGGCUAGCCUGUGAGAUUUCCUUCAAAAUUGCCACUCAUACAUUGUUAAUAUUUAACUUCACAUUCAACUUCAUGCCAACCGUUGCAACACGCAAGCGCGCGUAGGUAUCAAGGACUGCUCGAAGUGAAUAGAGGAGGAGAAGAAAAAACAGUAGUCGUCGCUGUUCCGUCACAUCACGUGAACAGAACUCAGAGUAUCACGUGUCAUACUUCAUAAAAGCAAAAGCAUAGAAUCUCACGUCGAAGCUAUUUCACAAUGUAUACUAAUAAAAAUUACGAACGUGACAUAAAUUACACGUACGAGUUGAAUCGAUUCGUUUUUCGUUUAUUGGGAAUCUGGCCCUACGCGACCACGAAUGUUUGGCUUCUGCAGAAGAUGGAGAAAAUCGUGCUGGUCUUUGGUUCUUUUGUUCUUCUCAUUUUCGAACUAAUAUCUAUGCUUCUCUACAUAUUUAUAGUGUUGAAGGAGACUCGCGCGAGGAUCAAAGUUACGGCCACCCUGUUGUUCACAAUCGUGUCGAUCCUCAAGUACAGCAAUCUGCUGUACGUGAAGAAUCAACUGAAGAGUUGCGUGACGCGUGUCGAGGAAGAUUUUCAAAGUGUCAUCAGUCCGGCCACGCGUAAUACGAUGCUCUUCCAUGCGAGAACCGGCAGACGUUUGUUCAUCUUGUGCAGUAUAUUCAUGUACUCCGCCGGGUUUUCAUUUCGAACACUCAUACCGUUGUCGAGGGGGAAAAUCGUCACCGCUCAGAACAUCACGAUCAGACCUUUGCCGAGUCCUGCCUAUUAUGUGGUGUUUGAUCCGCAGAUCAGCCCGGCUUACGAGAUCGUGUUCUUCAUGCAAUGUUUCGCGGGGUUCUUGAAAUAUACGAUCACAGUGGCGGCUUGCGGCAUCGCGGCGCUCUUCACGAUGCAUAUCGUCGCGCGAUUGGACAUAUUGGUGACGCUAAUGAACAAUUUGACGCAUGAACAUGAAGUUGAGAAUAUAAACAGGAAGUUAUCUGUCAUCGUGGAACAUCAAAUAAGAACACGAGAUUUCUUACAUAUGGUGCAAGGCGCUAUACAAUUUUCGAGUCUAGUAGAAGUCAUGACGUGCACCUCCAUAUUAUGCCUCAUAAUGUAUUAUGUCAUUAUGGAAUGGGAAGCCAGCAACGUCGUAGCCACGUGUACGUAUUUUAUCGUAUUGAUAUCAUUAACUUUCAACAUAUUUAUAUAUUGUUUUAUUGGCGAACAACUCUCUGAAAAGGGAGAACAGGUAGCUCUGACAGCAUGUACGUUAGACUGGCAUCUUCUUCCGAAUACGCAAGCACGAGCGUUAAUUUUGAUCAUACUCGUGUCAAAUACGCCACUGAAACUCAAAGCAGGCAAUUUCGUGGAGCUGUCUUUUAAGACAUUUGGUGCUGUAAGUAUGAGUUUCGCUCGGAAGUUACAGCUUUUCUAUUUUUAUUUUACAGUACCUAUCUUCCUCAAUGCAAGUGCAUUGAAAGCUCUUAUAUCCGAGAUUUUCUUUCCUUGGUCGAAUGGAAAGGCGAUUAACAAAAAUAUACUAUAUUUCAGAUUAUUAAGACGGUCCUGGGUUACUUAAAUCUUCUUCGAUCAGUUGUUGAUUG